AUGAUACGACCAUCCAGCUCGCUGCUGUGUAGAAGGUCCUUUAGCCUUUUCACAUUCGUCCGUCUCCUCUCAGCGCACACGGCUUCCCGAGUUGCGUCUCCAACCAGUCGCACGCAUACUCUCUUCGCGCGCUACUCAACCUCCAAUUCAGUAAUAUCGGACCCAUCUCGGCCUGACCUCUUUUACCACCCCGUUUCGCUUCCAAUGGUAGGCUCAGCCUAUGCAGUUUCCUUCCUCACUCAACCACCACCGACUCCCGAUUCAUGCUCUGUCGUGGGAUGGUUGCCCGCAGAGACUGCAGGAAAAGCAGACGCAGAAGCCGGGUUAAAUGAUUUCGUAGAGAACCCCAAGUUUCGCGUAAUCAUGCACGAGGCAAUCCAAACCGGGCUACAGGAAAAAGUGGACGAUAUUUGGAUCAACGCUGCACUGCAAUUACAACAAGGCUGGAUGCAUAUACACGGUAUAACCAAGAACAAUGUCGUAGACAACCGCAACCUCCCAGCCCUAGGCAGAAUAGGCGACCCCGAUGAUAUCAUCGCCUCUGUAUUAGUGCAGGAUAGCAAAAUUCUUCCCGACACGUACCAGUCCAUGCCAUCUUAUCGCCUUUGCACUUCUGAUGGCCCGACUCUUCUUACAGAGGGACUCGCAGCUAAGUUGAAGUUGGUGCUAGAGGGCGCCAUCUCCCGAGAAGCAGCCCAGUGA